CCGAGCAUUCAAAUAUACAGCACUAUCAGUAAUUUCAUUCAAACCGCCCAUUAUCUAAUUUUGUCCCGGUUUGAGUCGCAUAAGUUCUGCGACGUGCAUGAAGGGCUCGACAGAUAUUUUUUAAUCGACAUGUCAGGUUCGGCUCCACCGACCCCUGCGGUCGACGCUGGCGGCGCGGCCGGGCUCGGAGUGCUCUUCCCCGUUGGUUAUCAACCUUUUCAGCCCGAGGAUCACGGCCUAGACCGUGGGUUCCGGCUCACGGCCUUCUCCGAUAUGAAAGGAUGAGGCUGCAAGGUCCCUCAGGAGGCGCUGCUCAAACUCCUGCAGGGACUUGAACCUGACCGUCCGGCACAAGUGGCAGGGGAGGAUGGGGGCACGGGCACAGGUGCCGGAGACGAGGCCUCCGAAUAUGGGCAACUUGCCCCGGUUACCCACGGCCCCCGAUUAGGUAUAGGAAUGGACUCGUGUGUGAUCCCUCUCAGGCAUGGGGGUCUCUCUCUGGUCCAGACCACUGACUUCUUCUACCCCCUGGUGGAGGAUCCUUACAUGAUGGGGCGCAUCGCCUGUGCCAACGUCCUGAGCGACCUGUAUGCCAUGGGCAUCACCGAGUGCGACAACAUGCUGAUGCUGCUGAGCGUCAGUCAGAAGAUGAACGACAAGGAGCGGGAACAGGUGAUGCCCCUGAUGAUACAGGGCUUCCGUGAUGCGGCAGAAGAAGGUGGGACGUCAGUCACUGGGGGCCAGACUGUCAUCAACCCCUGGAUCAUCAUUGGAGGCGUGGCCACUGUGGUGUGCCAGCCCAACGACUUCAUCAUGCCGGACAGUGCAGUGCCGGGCGACGUGCUGGUUCUGACCAAACCUCUGGGAACCCAAGUGGCCGUCAACGCCCAUCAGUGGCUGGACAUUCCUGAGAAAUGGAAUAAGAUCAAGCUGGUGGUGACGAGGGAGGAGGUGGAGCAGGCUUACCAGGAGGCCAUGCUCAAUAUGGCCACACUCAACCGGACAGCUGCUGCGCUAAUGCACACCUUCAACGCCCACGCCGCCACCGACAUCACGGGUUUCGGGAUCCUGGGUCACGCCCGCAACCUGGCCCAGCAGCAGCGGAGUGACGUGGCCUUCGUCAUCCACAACCUGCCCAUCCUGGCCAAGAUGACCGCCAUCAGCAAGGCCUGUGGGAACCUGUUCGGCCUGCUGCAGGGCACCUCCUCCGAGACGUCAGGCGGGCUGCUGAUAUGCCUGCCCCGAGAGCAGGCCGCCCGAUUCUGCGCCGAGAUGAAGUCGAGCCGUCUCGGCCAGGGGGGCCAGCCGGGGCAGGAGGGCGGGACGGGCGAGGGCCAGCAGGCCUGGAUCAUCGGCAUCGUGGAGAAGGGCAACCGCUGCGCCCGCAUCAUCGACAAGCCGCGCAUCAUCGAGGUGCCGCCCCGCGGCUCCGUCAGCGGGGGCCAGGAGGGCGGCGGCAGCAACAACACCAACAGCACGGCCGCCCCCAGCCCCACAGACAUCCAGAGCACGGUGGCCAACUGAGCCGCACCCAUCCAGAGCACUGCAGCACACUGAACCGCGCCCAGGGAAGGCACACCCUGUCCUCCAGGUCCCCCUUCUUGUGUUCCUCCCCCGUCCCCCCUGCAUUAUGGUCCUUUCUUGUUCUCACGCCUCAUUUUCCU